AUGGCCAUCUUUAUCAUUUAUCGUUUGCUUCGGAAUGUUAACGACUGGAUUUACCUAAGUUGGUGGCCGGAAGAUCACGGAAAUCAUCGGAACAGAUUGCCUCCCGGCGACUUGGGAUGGCCGUUGAUCGGGAAUAUGAUUUCCCUCUUUACAGCUUUCAAGUUCGGCCGACCUAAUUCACUCAUUUCCUCCACCUUUACUACCAGAUUUGGCAAGGCUCCAAUGUACAGGGCAUUUCUAUUCGGAAAGCCAUGCAUCAUAGUCACCACAGCAGAAGCAUGUCGAAAAGUGUUGACCGACGAAAGGUUCGGCGGAAGUUGGCCUAAAUCCCUCACCAUUUUGCUCGGAAAGAGAGGAUUUCACGGCGUCUCCAACCAAGAACGCAAGCGUCUCCGACGACAAAUUGCGGCUCCAAUCCUGGCAAGCCCUGAGUCCUUGUCACUCUUCAUUGACUACAUUGACGGAAUUGCGAAAAAUGCUUUUAGUACGUGGGAGCAAAUGGAGAAGCCAAUUGAGUUGUUGACGGAGAUGAGGAAAACCGUGUUUAAGGUUAUGAUUAACGUUAUUUUGGGUGAUGAAAUUAAUGAGGAUCAAGAAUUGAUGGAUUGUUUAGCUAAUGACAAUGCUUCACUCUCUCAUGGUCUCAAAUCAAUGACCAUCAAUCUCCCUGGUUUCGCAUUUCAUCGGGCACUCAAGGCUAGGAAGCGAUUAGUCGAGACAUUCGCGGGAUUUGUAGCUCAAAGAACGGCAUCAAUGGCUAAAGAGGGUAAUGAUGAUGAAUCUAAGAAAAAGAAGAACUUGUUAAGUCUGAUGAUUGAAAUCCAAGAUGAUGAAGGCAACAAAUUGAGUGAUGAGGAUAUUAUAGAUUUGAUGAUAAUAUUCCUGAUGGCCGGACAUGAAACGUCUGCUCAUGCCAUAACUUGGGCAAUUAUAUUCUUGCAAGAAAACCCUCAAAUCCUUGAAAAGGCCAAGGGUGAGCAAGAGAAAAUUGUUCAGAAUAGAUCGUCUUCAAGUAAAGAUUUGAGCUACAACGAAGUGAAGCAAAUGAAGUACCUACAAAAGGUUAUUAUUGAAACGUUGCGCUUGGUGAACCUCUCCAUCACACUUUUUCGAGAAGCCACCACUGACAUCAAUAUGGAUGGGUAUAGAAUACCCAAGGGGUGGAGAGUAUUACCUUGGAUCAGAAGCGUUCAUCUUGAUCCUGAAAACCACAAGAAUCCGAUGGAGUUCAACCCUUCAAGAAUGGAUGAGGAGAAAAACAAACUAGGAACUUUGAUACCAUUUGGAGCAGGGAGUAGGUUAUGCCCUGGUGCCGAUCUGGCCAAGCUUCAGAUUUCUGUUUUUCUUCACCACUUCCUUCUGAAUUACAGGAUGGAACGAAUCAAUCCGGGAGGUAAAGUGCAAUAUUUACCAGCCCCUAGACCUGCUGACAAAUGUUUGGCAAGAAUAAUGAGGCUAUCGACCGGAUCGUCGGAGACGGCUAAAAAACUAGUUUGA